UUUUUUCUAGUGGGGCUGAACUGUACCGUGGAGGACUGUGAAGAAAAGGCUGCCUGUCCCCCAGACUCCGAGCUGAAGAGUGGUGGCUGGGGAUGUGUUUGUGUUCCUGAACGCUGCCCUCAGACACCGACUUGCCACUUUAGGAGUAAGCGCUUUCUCAAAUAUGCAGCUGGUGGAGUUCCUGGUGACUGCUGCGAUGUAUAUGACUGUGUCUUUCCUUCAGAGGUAAACUGCACAGGAGUGGUUUGUCAAGAAACAGAAAUCGACUGUCCGACAGACAGCUACAGGUUACCGAAGAGCCAAGGAGAGGGCGAGUGCUGCAGCAAGCCUUUGGGAUGUGCCUGCCUGCCUGCCCCUUGCCCGCCUCCCCUCUGCCCCCAAGGCCAGCACCACAUCGUCAUCAGGCCCGGCAAUGGCAAGCCUGGCUCUUGCUGUCCUUUCUACCAGUGCCAGUCCCAUGAAAAUAAAACAUGCAUGCACAAUGGUAAGGAAGUUGCAACUGGUUCAAAAUGGAAGAAAACAGAAUGUGUUGAGUGCACAUGUAUUGAUGGACAGGUACACUGUUCACAAUCUGUUACUUGUCCAGUGUUGCCAAUAGAUUGUCCAGUCACUAGGAUUCCACCUAAUCAGUGCUGUCCAGUCUGUGUCUUCAACCAUAACAUCUUGGACAUAGCUCCUAGAAUUGUAAAACCAGAUGGGUGUAAAUCAGCAAAGGGUAUCAUUUACCAAAAUGGAGCUUCUUGGCAAGAAGACGAUUGUACUCAUUGUACAUGUGCUGAUGGUGAACGCAAAUGUCAAGCAGAAAUGUGCCUACAGACUUGUGCAAAUGCAACUUAUGUUCCAGGCGAAUGCUGUCCUCGAUGCAAUGUUACAGAUGUUACGGUUAUUGCAAAGAGUUGUCCUCCAUUCCAUUGUCCAUUGAUGUGUAAACAUGGUUAUGUUAAAGAUGAAUCUGAGUGCCACACCUGCAAAUGCAUAGAAGGAGAGGAAUGCCAUUUGGAAUGUAAAUCAGGAUUCUUGAAAGACAGUAGUGGAAUGAAUAUCUGUGAAUGUGCCAAUGAAUGUCCACCUCUUGCAGACUGUAACAAGAAAUGUAAACAUGGUUACAAAACUAAUAAGGCUGGUUGUGAAAUUUGUAAAUGUGAACAUUGUAAAACAUUGACUCAUUGUGCAAAGAAGUGUCCUCAUGGAUAUCAAAUCAACCAGAAGGGUUGUCAGAUCUGCAAGUGUAAAGAGCAUGAACCAGUGAACAGAACUUCUGAAGAUGGCAGUAUUACUGAAAAGGAUUGUGUAACAGACCAAGGAAUAAGACGAGAUAAUGGAGAAUCAUGGUUUGAAAACUGUCGACAAUGUUAUUGUUUUGAAGGAAAAGAGAUGUGCUCAUUAGUCUCUUGCCCUAGAGUAGACUGCCCUGAUCCUAUAUUUUCCAAGAAUACUUGUUGUCCUAUUUGUCCAGGUAAUGAAACAAUGAUUGAAUCAGGAGUAGUGUGUUAUGGGCCAGGAGGAAUCAAGCAUGAAAUAGACACUUGGAAACAAGGCUGCUUAGAAUGCUUGUGCCACAAUGGCAGCGUCCUUUGUUAUAGUGAACCUUGCCCCCCAGUACUCUGCCAGCACCCACUGGAAGGGGAUUGUUGCCCAGUCUGCCCAGAGGAGGCAGUGCAGCCUCUGCCGGCUCUUGAUGCCACUCAACGUUGUGGAGAUAAAGAAUCUGGAGCUAAAUGGAGACAAAGUGAAUGCACCUCAUGUAUAUGUAUAAAUGGAGAGGCAUCUUGUUAUACUCAAAGCUGCAAUCAGAUCUAUCCAUCUUGUAUUACAUCUGUCUUACUCAAGAAACAAUGUUGUCCAGUUUGUUUCGAUCAUAUGUCAGAUGAAUCAGUUUGUCAAGUUGGAAAUAUGACGUUCAAUCUAGGCGAUGAAUGGGAACCUGAAAAAUGUAGAAGAUGUUCUUGUGGGCCUUAUAACACCAUAUCUUGUACUGAAACAAUUUGUGAGAGACCCUGUACCAAGAAUGACAACCCUUGUUGCCCCAAGUGUACAGAAGUUGAAGGAGGUUACGGGUGGUUUCAUGGACCAAUUUACCUGAUAAUAAUAUGCGUUCUUAUGUUUGGUGUUGGUGCUGGAAGCGUUGUCCUUUGGAAACAUUGCAUGCUAAAAAGGCACCAACUAAAGAUCUGCCAGGCAACUACACCUUCAUAUCCUUAUAAGUAUGUUCCGACUUAUGACCAACCUGCCCCGAGCCCACACAGAUCACCAGUUUGAACACUGCUGUGUGGACUCGAGAGGUUUGUACAGAUCAUCUGCUCUUCCCCUUCAAAUCGUGGGACAAACUACAUCACAUCAUAUUUCCCUUCGUAUCAUUACGAUUUGUGGAGGAACGUGUCUUGAAAAGUGCCAUGUAUUUAUAUAAAUAUCAGUCGACUUUCUUGAAUGGACAUUCAAGUUAAUGCAGUCAAGAUGGAUAUAACUGAUAAAAGACACUUAUCUAUCUUGGUAUGUGUUCAUGUUAAACAUUGAUGAAAAUUACAUAAACUAGCUGUUUGAAGAUUUAGAGAUUUAGCUUAAACAUUCUUUAAAAAUCAAACAGUUAUUUAUAUGUAAGUACCAAAUGGGCAAGUAAGUUUUUACUUGAUUUCAUAUCUGUCUUUUUUUUUUUUAAUAUAUACAAGAUAAAUGAUAUAUAUAUGUAUAUGGCUUCGAAUCCAUUACAAUAAAAGCCUUGUGAUAUGAAAAGAAAAUAUAAUAUCACUUAUUUUAUAACAUUAAUUUAUUAUAUGACUUAUUAUAUUUUGUAAUUAGUGAAUUAUAUAUAUAAAGUGUAGAAUUUAUAUAUGUAUAUUGCAGAUCUAAACGUCAAACAUUAGUACUACUACCCCUUUUUGAACAGGAGUCAGUGUUGAAAUUUCUAGGCAGUGUGUUUAUUAUUGUUAAUGCAUUUAUCCUGGUAAAGCAGCUUGUGUAGAUAUUUAUUAGGUUUAGAACUCAGCAUUGUGAGCAGUUUAUUCAUGUUCCUCAUUUCAUAAGUUAUUUCAUUUGUGAAAUUGUGUUUAUGAUCUCAUUAUUUCUUACUUAGGCCUAUGACAAACCUUGAAACGAUUUUAUUUUUCUUUCUGCAAGCGUAAAUGAAUAGUAGGCUUAUUAUUAUUGUAUUAUUAUUUAUAUGUGACUGACUUUGAAUAAUUUAAUCAAAAAAAUAGUUAUAGUUCUCUUAUUAUUUUUUUUUAACUAUUAAUGUUUUUUGUAAUAAAAUAGAACCGAAUAUUUUGUAGAUUUAUUUUUUAUAAUAUUUAAAUACUUAAAUAGUUAAGUUGUACUAAAGAAAACCUCAUGUACAUUUCCAAGAUUUGUAUAAUUACAGGAACUGAAUAAUGACAAUACAGGUCUAAUUAUUUAUUUACAUUCAGUUCCAAUUUUAAAAAUAUAAUAUCCACCAUAUAUUUUGAGAGUAUAUAUGCUGUGCAAGACUAUAUUGACUUAUUAUUCGCUUUUGAAUGUUUUUAUAAUUUCUUUGGAUGAAAAAUCAAGUACUUGUUAACUAUUCUUAGUAACGAAUAGAGAGAUUAUACUGUGGCAUAUUGGCAAAUAUUCUAACUGUUAUUCCUAAAUUGUUAACAAAAUAACCAAAUCUAUUAUUUUUAAUAUUUAUGAGAAAUACUAAAGAAACAUAUAAGUACACUAUUAAUGAAAAGAAAUAUACUUAAUACUUCAAAAUUAUUUUAAAAUGCUUAUGUAACCAUGAUCUUAAUUACAUUUGUAAAUUUAUGUACUGUGAAAUUAUGAUUGUAGAAAACAUAAUUAAAGUUAUUAUAAAUGAAUUGCCACCAACAUUCAUUGUAUGAUCUUCUUGUAUUGCUAACAGGCAAUUUUCUUUUGGCUUUGUUGAAGGUCUUGGGUCUAAACUUUAGCAGCUGUCAACUCUUAUUUCAAUUUACAAGAAAGUAAGUAAUACAUAAGCUGAUGUUACUAUUUUCGGAUCAAUUACCACUUUUAGUUCCCUUUUUAAACACUCCAAUAUGAGGGCUGGGCACUAAAUUACACUGAAGAUAGAAUCGUUAAAGAAUCCAAGUAUUGACAAUCAUGUCCACAUUAAUUUCACCAAUGACAGGUUUGUCCCUACUUAUAUAGAAUGUUUUGGACAGUUUAAAUUACCUUAUUUUUAAGGAGGGAUAGGUCUGGAUUAUUAUGGGCUAUCACAAGUAUUGUUUAUUUGAUUAGGCCAUGACUUUUUGAACUUCAUUCAGACAUCCUUGCCAGUGGAGAUGGACAACCAUAAUAUAAUUGAACAACUGAAAAAGAUCCAUCUCCUCUGAUAGGGACCUCUGAUCUUGUCUGAAAAUGAACCACCAAGGGUGUUAUCUCUUAUAAGUGAGUCGAAGUCCUAUAGUCUUGAUCUAAUUAAAGCAGUAAUUAUUUUAAUAAUUAAACAGAUAUAUCAGUGGUAUUUCGGUCCCUCAAAGAUGGAAAACUUCUAUACACUCUUGAAAAAACUCAUCUUUGUCUACUUUAGAACGUAAUAUAUUAAUGCCAAUACCUAAGAUGAUAAGUUUUGUCAAAACUACUGCUGAUUGAGAAUAGUUUACAAGUACCAAAACAUAGUUGAGAACUGUUUGUAGCAUCUGUGACAGAGCUUGAUAUUUUCAGAUAUAUUAAAAAAAUAUUGUGUUGUGUAAAUAGUUAUGAGAUUUCUAUCAUUUCAACUGACUGGUGUUGUUACCUCAAAUAAGAAAAAAAAAAUCAACAAAUAAGAAAAAUAAAAAAAAACUUUAAUAAUUGUAUUUAAUUAUGUAUAUCGAAUCAAUGGUGUAUAAACUGUUUAGUGUUUGUUCCUGACAUAGUUAUUAUUUACUUAUAAAUGUAAGGAGACAACACUUGAUUUGAUAAACUGUUUUGGUAACAGGUACUACAUAACUUCAGUUAUUAUAGAUGUGUGAUAGAAAGUAGUUUGGUUAGAGCAUUUUCUCUUUUUCCGGCCACAAUGUUUUUUUAUUUUCUAAAUGGAUAAGCAUUGUAACUCCAUUGAUCCUAGUUAUAAACUAUUUGAUUUUCAAAUCUUAUGUAUUUUGUAUUUAUUUUAAAUGUAUACACAUUAUGUCAUAUUCAAAGAAGAGGAUAUUCUGAAAUAAAAAAUUCAAUAAUC